CCCGAGCCGCGCCCGCUCCUCGCUCGCCAUUUUGCGCCGGGCGCCGCCGUGGGCGCUCCCCGUCCGCGUCCCGGCCGCCCGCCCGGGCUGACGGAGCCCGCCGGAGCCGGCGGAGGAGGAGGCACCGGAAUGGAGGGCGAUCGGCCGGAGAGCGCGGUUGCCAUUAAGGGUAUCGAAAGAGAGCUUAUCUGCCCAGCAUGCAAGGAGUUGUUUACCCAUCCACUGAUCCUUCCAUGCCAGCACAAUGUCUGUCACAAAUGUGUGAAAGAAAUACUUUUUGCAUUUGAAGACUCUUUUGCUGAUGGAGGCUCUGAAUCCUCUAAUCAGAGUAGCCCUCGAAUCAGAAUCGCUGCUUCUAGCAUGGACAGAAUUGACAGGAUUAGUAGAUCAGGCAGAAAACGCAAUUCACUGACUCCUAGAUCAACUCUGUUUCCUUGUCCGGGUUGCCAGCGGGAUAUUGACCUCGGAGAACGUGGCAUCAAUGGCUUAUUUCGCAACUUUACUUUGGAAACCAUUGUGGAAAGAUACAGACAGGCAGCCAGGGCAGCCAUUGCUAUUAUGUGUGAUUUCUGCAAACCUCCACCUCAGGAGUCUACAAAGAGCUGCAUGGACUGCAGUGCAAGCUAUUGCAAUGAAUGUUUCAAAAUACACCAUCCUUGGGGAACUCUGAAAGCCCAGCAUGAAUAUGUAGGACCAACCACCAACUUCAGACCCAAGAUUUUGAUGUGUCCAGAACAUGAAAUGGAGAGGGUAAACAUGUACUGUGAAAUCUGCAGAAGGCCUGUUUGUCAUCUCUGUAAACUGGGUGGAUGUCAUGCAAACCAUAGAGUAACAACCAUGAGCACUGCCUACAAAACCCUUAAGGAGAAGCUUUCAAAAGAUAUCGAGUACCUCAUCAGUAAGGAAAGCCAGGUGAAAGCUCACAUCACACAGCUGGAUCUGCUGCUGAAAGAAACAGAGUGCAACAGUGAAAGAGCUAAACAAGAAGCAUCUCAGAGCUUUGAGAAAUUAUAUCAUGUUCUGGAAGAGAAGAAAUCUGCAGCUCUUAGGGCAAUUGAAACUUCUAAGAAUAUAAGGCUGGAAAAAUUGCAAACGCAGGUGGAAGAAUAUCAAGGGCUCCUGGAAAAUAAUGGCCUUGUAGGAUAUGCUCAAGAAGUGCUUAAAGAAACUGAUCCCUCUUGUUUUGUUCAAACAGCAAAACAACUUCAUGUCAGAAUCCAAAAAGCUACUGAAUCUCUGAAGACCUUUAGGCCCGCAGCUGAAACUACUUUUGAAGACUUUGUGGUGGACAUUGCUAAGCAAGAAGACAUCCUUGGUGACUUGUCCUUCCAUUCCAGUGGUCUAGAAAUACCAGAAAUCAAUGAAGAGCAGAGCAGAAUGUACAACCAAGCUCUGAUCAGUUGGGAAUGCCCUGGGAAGACAGACUCAGCUGACAUCUAUGUUCUUGAGUAUCAUAAGCUUAAUAGAGAAGAGGAGAAUGUGACAUGGCAGAAGACUGAAGUUUGUGGCAAGAGCAAAGUAGUGUCUGAUCUAGAUGAUGACAGCAGCUAUGCCUUUAGAGUUCGAGGAUAUAAAGGGUCCGUCUGUAGCCCUUGGAGCCGAGAAGUUAUUUUGCGUACACCUCCAGCUCCAGUUUUCAGUUUUCUUUUUGAUGACAAAUGUGGGUACAACAAUGAACAUCUCCAGCUGAACCCAAGAAGAACCUCUGUGGAAAGUAGGGCUGGAUUUCCUUUACUGCUGGGAUCUGAGCGCCUGCAGGUUGGAUGUUACACAACCCUGGAUUACAUCAUUGGUGACACUGGGAUUGCCAAAGGGAAGCACUUCUGGGCCUUUCGUGUGGAAGCCUAUUCAUACCUGGUAAAAGUGGGAGUUGUUCCUAGCAACAAGAUACAGAAAUUGUUCCACAGUACCCAUGAUGUGACCAGUCCAAGAUACGAGCAAGACAGUGGUCAUGACAGUGGGAGUGAAGAUACCUUCUUUGACUCAUCACAGCCUUGCACACUGGUCACUUUAGGCAUGAAGAAGUUCUUUAUCCCCACUACACCUGCUGCUCUCAAGGAUCCAGCAAGCAGAGUCCUUCCCCUGCCGUCAUGCUUGGGCAUUUGCCUUGACUGUGACAGAGGCAGGGUAGGGUUUUAUGAUGCAGGCCGUAUGAAAUGCCUUUAUGAGUGCGAGGUGGAUUGCUCUGGCAUAAUGUACCCGGCAUUUGCUUUAAUGGGUGGUGCUGCAAUUCAUCUUGAGGAAGCUACCACAGCAAAGUACAGGGAGUACAAUGACGACAUCUAGUGCAGUGAUCUCUUCCCAUUGCUGUUCUGAGAUGGAAAAUGAAAGCAGAAGAAUUCUACCUUAGUUUUCAGUCCUGAUUAAUUAUAUUCUACCUACGUGUUGCUCACAAGCCUCUGGCCCAUGUUCUUUUGAGAUAAACGGUCCAGGCACUUUCCGCACUAAAGGAAUUCUCCUGCCUUUCUUGUGAUCUGUGCAAUGCUGUCCUCCACAGAUUUUUUUCCUGGGGGAAGCAGGGAAGAAGUUUGACUAGCAACCAAAAUUUGCUCUUCAGGACUAGCAACCAAAACUUACUCUUCAGGGGUAGAAAUCUGCCUUUUAUUUAACUUAAAUCCUUACACAGUCAGUUUUGUAUUUAAUGAAGUCAAAGCUGACAGUGAGUGAUUGCUAUUCUUCUUUUAAGAAAUCUACCUGAAUGCCUCUGAGGGGUCAAAUGUUUUCCUGUUAACCCCUGAGCACCAGUUGGGCCUUUCAGCACAAAAUAGCAUUCUAAAAAAUGCAAUAUAAAACAGGAAGAAAUGAGAAAUCAGAAAUGCGUUGAACAUUUAAGUUAUACUUGGAAAGAGGAGGGUAAACUUGAAUAUGAUUGCAUGUUGUAUACCUUUAAUGUGAUUGUAAGCUAAAACUCAAGUUCUGACACAUGGUGUCAUAUAGUUGGUGGCAUAAUGGUAAGUUUCUUUACUCUUCCAUGCUUUUACUAUAAGCUAUUUAAAAUAAAGUGCAAUUUAACCUUAAAAGUCAGAAUUUGGAGUAAAAAAUCGGAAGUAUUUGCAUUUGUGAAUAAUAGUACCUGGUAUUUAAGCAAAACCAAGGGGGUUAUUGACAUGAGUAAUCAUAUGUGAACUUGAAAAAAGAAUCAGGUAUUUCUUUUAAUACUCACUCUUAUAGGUUAAUUUUUUUAAUCUAGUAGCAGCUUGGGUUUUUCUUAGUAAGAAUGUUAAAAGUGCACUGAUUAAGUUUUGAGACCUAAUUUCUGCCUUAAAGGAUGUCUCCCUUCAACUUUCAGUUCCUGUAAUGUUAAAAACUGUAUCACACAGUAGUUUUCCUAGAAUCGUAGAAACACAGAAUAGCUUGGUUUGGAAGGGACCUUUAAAGACUGUCUAGUUCCAGUGCUCAUGUCAUAGCAGGGACACCUUCCACUCGACCAGGUUGCUCAAAGCUAUGUCCAACCUGACCUUGAACACUUCCAGGGAUGGCAGUUUGAGCCACAUUAGAAAUCCAAAAUCCAAUUUCCAGGCUUCCCCCCACCCCUUCCCACAAUUUAUCCCAACACCGGAGAGAAACUUUCAGGCCAGAGGCUUCUAUAGGGGUAGGGGGAAGUAUAUACAUUUAUUUUACACAAAUAAAUACUAUACAAACUAACGCCAACUAUAUAUAUAUAUAUUACAUUUCUAUCAGUCCUUUUAAGCCCCUCUCUUUAACUUUAGUCCAGGAGAAGCCUUUUCAGGCUACUAAGUAACCAGUCUCUCCCUUGUGGGAGUGUUUGGGGAACCCGAACGCUCCCCCCUCACCAAGCUUUAGCUGUUUGUGGAAGUUUUUCCUCCUCACAAAGUCCAAGAAGAUAGCUUUGAGUCUUUUCUCCUCGGUCUGCUGCGUGAUCUCUCUUUCUCAGUCUCAUAUCUCGGUUUGUAGGCUGCUGCAGUGUAGUUCAGCUUAUCAAGCGUCCUCCGAGUCAGUUCUCGGCUGCCCCCGGUCAGCUUCGGCAGGACAACUCCCGAGCUCUUGGCCCAUCUCCAGUUUCACCUGGGAUUCUUCUCCCGAGCACCAAGCCUCCUUCUCUGGCCCAUCUCUUGGCUCAGCUUCAAUGCUGAGCCUCUCCUCCACUUUACAGCAAAGGGAAAGAAAAAAAAAAGCCCUCCUCCACAGCUUAACUGCAGAAAGGAGAGGGGAGAGGGCUUGGCUGCAAAGCCUGCCUCUCUCCUCUUACCUCAGGUGCUGUGAGUCGCAUCCCUCACAAACACUCACUCUAAAAGCUGCCUCUAACUCUGGCCUAGGCAGAGUUGGGGGCCACAGGCCUCCCCCUUUCCCCGGAGGGGGAAAGAAGGAGCCCAGCUACCCCCUGGCCUUCUCCACCCACACGCAGCAGACGCCAACAGAAACACUGCCAGCAGCUUCCGGUGCUGUGAUGUAUGAUUUUUCAGCAGAAGUGAACAACAUGGAUGGUGAUUUCCUCUCCAGGGAACACUACCCUUGCACCCAAUCACCUCUGAGCCCCCAAACUCUCAGGGGGGGCCAAUUUCAAACUAUGACAGAUGGAAAAACACAGCUUCUCUGGGAAACCUUCUUCAAUGUCUUAGCACCCUUAUUGUUAGAAAUUUCUUCCUUAUAUCCAAUCUAAAUCUAAGCUCUUUUAGUUUAAAAGCAUUGCCCCUCGUCCUGUCUCUACAGGCCUUGGUAAAAAGUCUCUCUCUCUCUCCCUCUUCCUCCAUCUUUCUUUUAAGCCCUUUUUGUACAUUGAAAGGCUGUAAUAAAGUCUCUCCAGAGCCUUCUCUUCUCCCAGCUGAACAACUCCAGCUUUCUCAACCUGUCUUCACAGGAGAGGUGUUCCAGCCCUCUGACAAUUUUUGUGUCUCUCCUCUGUACUGGGAGCCCUAGAGCUGAAUGCAGUACUCCAGGUGGGAUCUUGGUAGAACAGAGUGGGAGAAUCACCCUGAUGACCACCCAGUAGCCCAGGAUACUUUAUGUGCUCCAAGCACACAUUGCUGGUUCAUGGCCAAAUUUUCAUCCACCAGGAUGCUCAAGACCUUUCUGUAGGGCUGCUCUCCAUCCCUUAGUCUGUGUUGAUACUGGGGAUUACCUGGAUCCAGGUGCAGGACCUUGUGCUUGGUCUUGGGGAACCUCAUGAGAUCCACAUGAACACUGGUGCCAGUGCAGACCCUUGAGGGACACUACUCAUUACUGAUUUCCACUUGGGCAUCGAGCUAUUGACUGUGACUCUUUGGAUGUGGCUAUCCAACCAGUUACUUAUCCACUGAACAGUCCAUCCAAUCAAACCCAUAUCUUUCAAGUUUAGAGGUAAGAAUGUUAUGGGGGAUCCUAUCAAAGCCUUAGAGAAGUCCAGGUAUAUGAUUUCUGUCACUCUUCCCUUAUCUACUGAUGCAGUCACAUCGUCACAGAAGACCACCAGGUGAAUCAGGCAUGUGAACUCAUGUUGGCUGUCCCUGAUUACUUUCUUGUCUUCCUUAAGUUUUGACUUAUCUUCCAGGUGAAUCUGUUACAUGAUCUUACGGGACAUGGAGGUGGACUGCCUCUAUUUAUAGAAAGCUAUAUAUAAAAGAAUAGGUUGCUUGCACUGUCAACUUGUGGAAAAGUAAGGAUCUAAAGUGAAGGAUGUUUCUGAUAAAUACUUGGUGCUUUCUAAUUUGGGGAUAUGCUUUCUAAUUUGGGGAUAUGCUUUGUAAUUUGGGGAUAGUGUUUCAUCUUGAUGAAUGUGUGUGAAGUAUGCUUACUAAGUACAUGUAUACAGCUGUAGAGCUGUGAAAUGAGACCUGAAAAUCACAAUACAGUUAAAUGAAUGUAGGCCAUAAUGCAAAACUUUUGUAGGCUUUACUGUCUGAACUGUUGUACUAAUCUGAUCUGUACAGAUCCACCCCUCUCAGUGUUCUCUCUCCUAAGCCUCUGACUGGUGGCCACUGUCAGAAAAACUUGGCAGAAAUGUUAUCUGCUCCAAGGUGAGCAUGACAGCCCACUUGGGGCUAGAAAGGCCCAGCAAGGGCAACUUCUUGUCUGGGUCUCACUGCAAGUAUUUCUAUCUUAGUAAGGCUCUGUGGAAGUGCACUCCCCAGCUUCAGUGUGGGCUUGUGUGAGAAACACUUUCCUGUCCCAGGCAGCAGAUGUAAAGCAGGGGAUAUCUUCUGGAAUUUUCUCCUGCAGGAGAAAAGGCAAGUUGUCCUCCACUAGUUAUCCUUUAGGUAAUUUCUUUUGUGAUACGUGAUUAUCAUCAUAGCCUUUCGUUUCCAUCAUUCCUUCUCCUUCAUCUUUCCUCUUGCUGGAUUGAAGCCAUUGCCCUCUUCUCGUCUUCUGAGGCUGACUGAAGAAGCCCUCCAUAAGAUACUGUUGCUGUGAGGGAUGAAAACAUUUUGAGUUUUCCUUCUUUCCAUAGCCCUAAAAUUGUAUUUGCCUUUUUUCGUUGAUACUAAGCUGAUGUUGAUGAAGCUUCUUCUCCCUUGUUUUCCAUGCAGUCCUGAUGGUUAGUUGUAAACAAGCUUUGCACAUAGGGAUUUCCCCAUCCGGUGUGUUGUUUUGCAUUUGUUAAUGUUGAUAAUGCUUGUUUACCUAGUCACAAGGUUCUGAGGGCCUUCUGCAGCUCGUCAAUCACUUCUAGACCUGGAUGUUCCUGAGUAGCUUCAUAGGUAACACAAACAUGACCAUUAGUUUGUUUGUUUGUUUCCAGGUCUUGGAGUAAAUUAAAAUUGUAAUGAGACACAGCAAGUCUAUCUACUUUUAAAACUUUUCCUUCCUCCCACUUUUUUUACCCUUCAAUAUUUAUUAAACCACGAGUCAAACUCUGAAAACUCUUACAUAUUGAUACACUCUGUUGAGUAGGUGACAUUGGAGUGUAGCAGUCAAGUAGACCCCAGAGAAGGGAUUCUCACUUCAGUAGCUGUGACUUCUCCUAUUGUAUAAUUGGCAUUUGUUGGUUCAUCUACCAAAUGUAACAUUGACUUAAAGCUAUAUCAUAGGGUUGAACUUUCUGAUUUCUUGUUUCCAGACCAAAUCUCCUUCCUUAGAGAAAUGUUUCACUUUUGAUUCCUCUGUUUCAGAAAUUGGUCUAAAUUUGAGGGUUUAUCUCGUGGUUAGCACUCUGCAGUUCCACAUUUAGAUUAUUUAUAAGCAUCUGGAUCGAUAUCACCAGGCCUUUUGCUACUUUAUGGAAAUAUUCAUAAAUAGAACACUCUAUCUUAGAUAUGAAGACAGUGUCUCAGACUCAUUGAUUUAAAAAAGGGGAUUACUGGUUGAGAAUACAGAAGUAAGAAAUUAAAAAUUUAAGGUUUUUUUUUUCCUACUAUAGUUUUAAAUUCAUUUAGGAUGUGUUCUGCUAUGCAAUUACUUACUCUACGGAACAGAAACUGACGCUACUUUAAACCUUUAUCUACCUUUUGAUAUAUCUGUUUGAAUUUAUCUCAUUCUGAGUUUAAAAAUUGGUUUGGCUUUUGGUGUUACUUGAAUACUUAGUAUGCAUUCCAGACAAUACUCUUUGGUGCUUACUUCAGCUUAUUAAAUAAAAAAACACACUGUCAAUAGGCACUGACAACAUGCUGUGAUAUUUUUUCCACUACCAUGGAAGCGUAAACUUUCAAAAAUGCAGUUCAGCAGUACUUGCCUAUCCAGAUAAUUAUUUUUUCAAGUUUAUCCCUAUGAAACAGCACUUUACAAUGUAGACUAAGCUAAAAAUAGUGUGAUAAUGUGUGGAUCUUUGUGCAAUAUAGCUGUUUGGUGACUAUGGUGUGACUUGCAAAGCUUCAUGCAGGUGUGAAUCGUGUAAACACUUUUUAGAUAAUCUAAAGCUUUAACAGAAAGGCCUUGUUUAAAACAUAUUCUGAAAUGUAAAAGUGAUGUCUUGUGUUUUUUUUAAUAAAAGCUGAAAAUACA